AUAAUUAAGUGUUUAUUUUCUAUUGGGAUUCCAUGCAGCUAACAUAUACUUUCAUUGCGAUUCCGUUAUCCUGUCUCUUAUUUUCGCAGAGGUGGUUAAUUAAAAUAAAAAAUCUCGCUUAGCAACAAGUCAUUAAAAGCUAAUGACUAUAUAAUUAUUAUUUGAUCAGAGAACUGGAACGAGACAUUAUAAUUGAUAAUUAUAAUAAUUACCCAUUGAAAUGAAUUGAUCUAUGUUUUUUUUGUUUUCUUUGUGAUAUAAGAAGUUAUAUAAAGAACGUUUCACUCAUGACUGUUUCUUAAACUUAGUAGCCAAACGGAAGGGUAUAAAAGAUCAUUGAUGCACAGUUGAUGUUGCACAGUAGAAGACAAUUAACAAAUAUUGAUGUGAUAUUACGUAAGAAACGCAUGCUCUAUACAAUAAUUACAAAAUUUAUAAGAGCAUUAAAAAGCCAACAUAUCGUUGAAUCAAUCUACCAGAAAGUAUCAGUGCAUCAAAGACAACAUUCAAACAUGGCUGACGUGAAAGGAAUAAAUCCAAUAACUGCAGAAACAUCCAGUGACCCGAAUACUCCAAAUGACAAAGUAUGGUUGUACGAGGAAAACAUAAAGAGACUCUACAGUCUAGACGACAAUCCGGAGCGCAAAGCUUUUUUGGAUGAUUUCUUCAGUUACAGAAGAAAAAAUGGUUUAUACUGCAAGAUUCCAGUGAUUGCAAGAAAACCAUUAGACGUUUUUGUGCUUUAUUACAUUGUGCAAAAAUAUGGAGGAUUUGAACAGACGAUGAAAAAUCGCAUGUGGAGUCAAAUCGCUCGAGAAUUGGAUUUACCAAGAACGAUGACAAGUGGAGCAUUUACACUGAAAUUGAAGUACAUUCGUCUGUUAUAUCAAUUCGAGUGUUAUAAAUGCAACAAGGCCGUUAACCACGCAAUUUUAUACAACGAAUCAGCACUCAUUGAUCCGAAGGAACGCUACGACAGUCAAUCAGAUGAUAGAAGACCACCGGCAAUGCGUUCACAUCCAAUCCCUGUUGAAAGUUAUGUAAAAACAGAUUAUGUGGAAAAUAAAGAGAAGGAAUAUAGGGACGCAUUGAUAACACGUUUAAGAAGUUCAAGUGAUGAAUAUGAAUAUGCUUCUUACCCCGUACAAAGGGGCAAGUAUCGUCAUUAUGAUCAUUCUCCUAAAAGUCUGCCAUCGCGAAGUCCUGACACCAUGUGCGCAUUAACUGAAUCAUCAAGACACGCUUCUCGAUAUCCCUACUACACACAGGCACGACCAAACUCGUACAAAAGAAAGUACUCAACGGAAGAGUAUUACGAAGAGCCAAACGAUCACGAGUUCCACCCACGAAAAGUCAGUCGACGCCCUAGCGUUACCGCCAUAGAUCUUCAACAAAUGUCAGUGAGUUUUAUGGAAAUCACUAAUAACAGACUGACUCUGAAAGUUUCUUUAAAUAACGAGCGCUACGAAGGAGUGCUCAAAUGUUGCUAAACUGACCAAUCGAUGUACGUUUUUAGGAAAAUCCUGUUAGGCAUUCGAAAGCAUGUAAAUAAAACGUGUCGUUCUUGACAUGUAUCUUAAAGUAGACCGUACAGAAACGCUUUGCGAGACGAAGCGAAGGAAGAGAAACAUUUAAACAUUUAUGAAAUGUAUAAAUUACUUGAAAUUAAUAUGUAUAUAUAUUUGUUGUUAUUAUUUAAAAUAUUUUUAUAUAAACUUUUCGCUUCAUUAAGUUUUUGCUUCAUGUUUUUUAACUACAGAUUUCAUACAACCUUUCUGACCAAUCAGUAAUUUGCAUUUUUGUAAUAGUCAGCCUUUGUUUUAUCAGAUUCUCAAUCUGUUUAGAUUUUCAGUAGGUCAUAUCAAUUAACCUAUCGACGCUAGGCAACAGAAAGGGUGAGUCUACGACAUUUUGAGACGAUGAUAUCUUUAAUUAGUAAUGUAUUCACACGCGUUAAAGCGUGACUGUAUUUCAUUUUAUUUCUACAAGGAAAUUGUAACAUAAUAGCAGAAUUACGUCUUCUACAGAAAUAUUAUAUAGUCAAUGUUUUCAUA